AUGGCCCUCUCCUCCCCGGGAACCCUGAGCCUGGAAACCCUGGAUGGCUCGGACCCUGACCCAGCCCCGCUGCUGGAAGGGGAGCCGUGUCCCCAGCCCUGUGAAAUCAUCCUGGACCGGGAAGCAGAGCACAGCACGGACAUCAUCCCGCGCUCCAGCGAGCAGUCAUCCCCACCGUCACCCAGGCUCCGCAGAGAUCUUAUUGCAUAUGAAGUCAAGGUUAACCAGCGAGACAUAGAAGACAUGUGUAUCUGCUGCGGAAGUUUCCGGGUGCACACGCAGCACCCUCUGUUUGAGGGAGGGAUGUGCACUCCGUGCAAGGACAAGUUCCUGGAGUGCCUCUUCUUGUACGACGAGGACGGGUACCUGUCCUACUGCUCCAUUUGCUGUGCAGGAGAGACGCUGCUCAUCUGCGAGAGCCCCGACUGCACGCGGUGCUACUGUUUCGAGUGCAUCGACAGCCUGGUGGGCCCUGGGACCUCGGGGAAAGUGCAGGCCAUGAGCAACUGGGUCUGCUUCCUAUGCCUGCCCUUCCCCCGCAGCGGGCUGCUGCAGAGGAGGAAGAAGUGGCGGGGGUGGCUGAAGGCCUUCUGCGACCGGGAGGCGGAGAGUCCCCUUGAGAUGUACAAAACUGUGCCCGUGUGGAAGAGAGAGCCCAUCCGGGUGCUGUCCCUUUUUGGGGACAUCAAGAAAGAGCUGAUGAGUUUGGGCUUUUUGGAACAUGGUUCUGAGCCGGGGAAACUGAAGCAUUUGGAUGAUGUCACCAACGUAGUGAGGAGGGACGUGGAAGCAUGGGGCCCCUUCGACCUCGCCUACGGCUCUACGCCCCCGCUGGGCCACGCCUGCAGCCAGCCCCCAGCGUGGUACCUGUUCCAGUUCCACCGCAUCCUGCGGUACGCGAGGCCGCGGCCAGGCAGCCCCCAGCCCUUCUUCUGGAUGUUCGUGGACAACCUGGUGCUGACCCAGGACGACCGCGUCGUGGCCACUCGCUUUCUGGAGACUGAGCCGGUGACCAUCCAGGACGUCCGUGGCUGCACCAUCCGGAACGCCGUGCACGUGUGGAGCAACGUCCCCGCCGUGAAGAGCAGGCAUUCAGCUCUGGAUCCCCAGGAGGAAUUAUCCCUGCUGGCUCGGGACAGGCAGAGAGCAAAGCCCCCCACCCAGGGCCCAGCCACGCUGGUGAAGAACUGUUUUCUGCCCCUGAGAGAAUAUUUCAAGUAUUUUUCAACAGAACUCACUUCCUCUUUGUAA